ACCGGAAGCGGCGUUGCCAUGGAGUCCGCGGAGGACUGGCUGGUGGAAUCCUUGCGCUUGUACCAAGAUUUCCAUGCAUUCGACCUUUCCGGAGCCACUCGAGUCCUCGAAUGGAUUGGUGACAAAGGAGUCUUCGUUGCUGGCUAUGAAAGCCUGAAAAAAAAUGAGAUUCUUCAUCUCAUACUACCUCUGAGACUUUCUGUAAAAGAAAACCAGGGCUUAUGCCCAGAAAGAGAUUUCAAGGUGUGCCACGGAGGGUUUUCAGACGCGUCUGUCUUUGAGCUGAAGCACGUGCCAGACACCAGGUUGCUGGUAACCACUGGUCUUCCGGGUUCUUACCUGCACGUGUGGCAGGUCGCAGAGGACAGUGAUGUCCUUCAAGCAGUCAGCACCAUCGCUGUGCCGGAGAAGGAGGGCGGUCUCUGGCCCAGGGUGGCCAUCUUCUCUUCCAUGGCACCCGGAGUCCUCCACGGGGUGAGGCUCCGCAGUCUGAAGGUCGUGGACCUGGAAUCCCAGAAGACCACAUACACCUCAGGAGUCAGUGACAGUGAGGAGCUAAGCAGCCUACAGGUCCUGGCUGCAGACACCUUUGCCUUCUGCUGCGCCUCAGGCCGCCUGGGGCUUGUUGACAUCCGCCAGAAGUGGGCGCCGUCAGAGACCAUCAGCCCCAGGGCUGGGGCUGCUGGAGGGAGGUGGUGUGCCGAAGUUGGGGGUCGGGGCCCUGGGCCGAGCAUUGCCAGCCUUGGCUCAGACGGGCAGCUCUGUCUCUUUGAUCCCCGGGAUCUCAGCCAUCCUGUGAGCUCCGUCCAGUGCUCGGUGUCUGCACCCAGCCCUGACCCAGAGCUGCUGCGAGUGACUUGGGCUCCAGGCCUGGACAACUGCUUGGCCAUUUCAGGUUUUGAUGGGACAGUCCAGGUCUAUGAUGCCACAUCUUGGGAUGGAGCGGGGAGACAAGUAGAACCUCUCUUCACUCACAGAGGUCACAUCUUCCUAGAGGACAAUCAGACAGACACUGCUCCACUGGUCACUACCCACACGUGGCACCCCCACAAGUCACGGACUCUGUUAUCGGCAGCGAACGAUGCCUCCCUGCACGUGUGGGACUGGGUGGACACCCGCGCGGCCCGCUGACUCCGGCAUCUUCCUACCCAGGCCUGGAAGAAGAGGAGGAGCUGCUGUAGAGCCAAGAACUCAAAAUGUACAAGGGCCAAUAAAAAUGAAAAAAGAAGUCAACUCCAGUAGGAAUGAAGGAAAUAACAAUUAAAACAAGAUGAUGUGCUUUUUUACCUACCAAGUUGCCAGAUUGUCGAACAGUGCUUUGGACAGCCGAUGGAGGGGCCCUGAUGACCCAGCUCAGGGGGCAGGAAGCAGCAGUGUGGUUCCUGCUCCCAGCAGGACACGCAGCCACGUCCAGUCGAGUCCGAAUUUGUGUGUCCAGUCUCCUGGUAAAUGGCUGUUAAAAUUUUCUAAUCUUUCACUGUUAUACAUAGUGUGAACAGCGUUUGUACCCAUGGACAAAAGCCUGUAGGAUAAACUUCUAAAGUGAAAAUUGCUGAGGCAGAGGCUGUGCGCAUUUUGAGGUUCUGUAAAUCCUGUCGGUGUGCCCUCGCUGGGGGCCGUGCGGUUUGUGAAGGCAGCAGUGAUGGGUGUCUCUCUGCCCUCCCCAGCCGAGUGACUCUAGUGGCUGCCUUUGCUGGUCUGAUCAAUGAAAAAUCAUUACUUGUAGUUUUCGUCUGUACGUCUUGGAUGUGUGAAAUUGAGACUCCUUGUGUAGUUAAACAUUCAGAGGCAAAGAUUUCUAAAGAUGAGAACAGCCGGGGUGAGGAGAUAGGCAUUCUCACCAAUACGCCUUGCGGCAGAGACUGGACCUCCCCCGACUCUUCAGGUGGUUUGCACUGGGGCAUACCUGGCCCCGGGUGGUGCUUUCCCAUGCCUGCCCCCAGUCUCCCAGAGAAAUUGACCCAAGGGACAUUUCUUUUUGGUAGCAAAUCUUAAAGUGUAUUCCUAUUAAUAGAAUUUCUCACUGGCACAUCUUUUAAGGAAUUUUCAGCAAGUUAGCUUUUGAAAUUACUUGAUUACUCAUCAGUUUGGGCUCUGAGUUCUUAAAAAAGAAUUUUGUUGAGAUAUAAUUCACAUACCCUACAUAUAAUACACACACUAUACAAUUCACCCAUUGAAGGUUUCUAUUUGGUGGUAUAUUACUAAUUUUUAAAGAGUAUGGUAAAAUAUAUGUCACAAUUUGCCAGUCUU